AGAUAUUCUAAAGCAUCAUGAUAUAAAAUAUGUUAAUUGUAGCUUAACGGGACUCUCAUGCAGUGACUAAUUUAUUUUAAGAAAAUGACAUAAAAUGUUUGCGUCAUUAUUACACCGUCAUCUGCAUUAUUGUUAGUGCAUUAUCCCCAGUGAAUGUCAUGCCUGAUCGCCCGUACGAUUGAUUGAUAGUCAACCCGUGAUGACCGAUGAAUUCAAAAUAAUGAAUGGGUCAUAUUGUCCAAAUAAUGAUCCACUCUUUGCAAGAAGAACUAAUACUCUCAUAUGCCGGGCCAAACUGGAUCAAGAUGACCCACUCAAGAGCAAAAAGUGCGACCCGCUUUCUGCCAAUAGCACUACUACGCUCCUAUGCGGGGCCAAACUGGAUCAAGAUGACCCACUCAAGGGACAGAAGUGCGACCCACUUUCUGCAAAUAUCACUAAUAAGCUCUUAUGCCGGGCCAAACUGGAUCAAGAUGACCCACUCAAGGACAAACAGUGCAUCGGUAUUCGGACAAAGUCUCCUCAUUUCUCCGAGUGUGCGCUAGGCAGAAGACGACGACAGCCACUGCGACUCGCACUGCUUGUCAUGGUCGCGAUGUUUGCUCGCAUCGUCAGCGCAGAGCCUGACCAUGAAGACGUGUUGUCUGUCGUCAGACAUGAGGCGGGUGACUACUACACGCUUACAGAGUCAUCAGUGUGCCGCUGUCUGGGCGGUGAUGCGUCGUCCAUCAGCGGCCCAGGCGCGUGGCCGCCUGCCGAGGCGUCCUGCCGCUGCCGCUGUCCUCCUGAGCGGCCGCUGCUGCGCGACGACUCAUUCUCCUGCACCGACAGCGUCAGCGAGUGCAGUCUCGCCGAGUUCGUGGGCGGGGGCGGACGUGCGCCGGUGCCGCUCGUCCACCUGCCCGCGCGCGGCCAAUUGCUUAACCCCAACGACGAGGUCGCCAUCUUGGGCGCAGAGUCUGCGCAGUCUGCGCCGCUUUGCGUGGUGCAGGAGGCGCGCAGGCUGACGCGACGCGGCUGGCAGGCGCUGCCUAACUCCACGGACUUGGAGCCGCCCUUCAGGUGCGUUGUACCGGUACUAAAGCUUAUGAUCUACCUCUCUAUUGUCGCCAGCCUCCUCUACAGGAGGAGCAGAUCUCCUAAACUGGCUUGCGUUGAACAAGGCCUCUCCGCGACGAGUUCCUACCCCGGGUCUGAGGGGGGGCGUCGCCCCCUGGGGGCCAAGCGCCCCCCGCUGCUGGCCCCGUCAGCGGGGGACCCCCGAGUGUCAGCGCCGAGUGUCAGUGGCUCCCUCAGUGCCGCUGACUCAAGCUCCACCGGUCGCCGCAGUCAGGCCAGCAAACCGGGGUCAUCCAAGUCAGGUCGAGGAGAAGAGCACCAGCGGUUGAGCGCUUCUGGCCCUUGCCGUGACAUCCCCGAGACGGUCUCCAACGCUGCGACUCGAAAGCACCACCAACGCAAACUCCAACACCUGCAGAUGCAACGACAACUACAACUCCAUCAGAGACAUGGUGACGUGCAUCGAAACCACACACCGAGUGAAGAUAAUUACAACUAUAGCAACGACGAUAUUUCUGGGAGACACAUCGAUGAUAAGAUCAACGUUCAUCGUCAGCGAAGGUCUGAUCUCCAUGAAACUGAGAGCGAUCAACGGCUCCCUCAGGAAUCGGCUCAUGGAAUGAGUCACUCUGACCACCAUGGGAUCGAGCGAGCGGAUAGGAGCUCUGCUCCGGUUCAUCAGCCUUUUUUCCUGUCCGCAGACGUAAGAAACGCGGAUGAUUUAGAGCUAAUGUCCGGUAGAAUACAGAACGCAGCGCCCUCAGACAACCCAGCGAGCGUGGACAACAAUGGUCGCAAGAAACUCUACUUUAAUCCCUCAUAUUUUGAACCUGAACUCUUGCAGGAGCCUCCACCUGCCGCUCUCGACUUCCUCAGCAAGAUCCGAGAAAUCAUCAGUUCGGCAAAAACUAAGAUGCGCACCAAGACUUUUCAUCCGAGUCUCAACGACAUCCCUGAAGACGACUACACUUAUCACAGUCAAUCCAGACCUCACAGUCGUUGUGCGUCCACUCCUCGCGCAAAAUCAAGAAUUUCAUUCAAUUUGGGUUUCCAAAAUAAAGAAAAUCCUGGGGAUUCAGCCGUGAGCACGGACCCUCAGGUGGACGGUGGUCAACAAGACGAAACGUUCACCAUUGAUUCGCUGGACGAAUGUUCAGAAGGAGGAAGCCGGGUGUCGACGCUCAAGAGAAUAGCAAAAAGAGUCAAUGAACGCGGUACGAGUUUCGUCUCAGAAAUAAUUAAAACCCUUGACCGUAAGAACCGAGAUGCCACUACCGAAGUAUCAUUUGGCUCAUCAAAAACGAAAAACUCUCAAAGGUCACUUCAAUUCGUUCAAGUUCAUACAAAUAUUCCCAAGCCAUAUAAAUCAGCGAGUGAGUUGCGUAAUCAAGUGCGUAAUAUUGUCAAUUCUGACGAGCGACAGCCUGCCCUCAUCAAACCUUCACUUCUACGAAGUAUUAUGAAAGAUAGCAGGCAGAAAAGUGAUGAUGCUCCGAGCUCUUUUGAUAAUUUCUGCCAGGAGAUGAUCGCAACUUUUAAUCGCAUUCGCCAUUAUGGAGACACUAAAACUCCCAUUUCAACUCUUGGCAGGCCAAAAAAAUGUCUAUCCGGCAUUGAAAAUUCUGAAACUACAGAAAAAAAUACUUCAGGGAACGGUAAAGUUGAACAAUGGCUAGAGGGAAUUGAGAAUGAGAUCCCGUAUGACCUUCAUUCUGCAGAAGAAAUCGAUCUGCAGACUGGAACAUCGCCGGCAGAAGACUUAGAUUCGCUCGACUCUUCUGAAAAGCAUUAUGAUCUCACGAAACGGAAAGUGCAUGAUGACCUCAGUGACGACGAUGGUGCCCAUUCAGGUGGCGAAUUAAUCCUAUCUCCAAGCAUUUUGAAUAAUAUAAGAGUUGACGGAAACGCUUCUACCAUUUCAGAAAAUUCCUACGAGGUAAUCGACAAACCUAUUUCAGCUCCAGAGUCUUCCGCCAGCCGCUGCUCAAAUUGUGCAGCGCCUGUUCAGGAAAAUAUUAACGAUCGUGAAGCCCGCCUGAAUGAGUCCAAUAAGCAAGAAAUGUCUUCCGAUAAAUCUGCUAUUAAAGAAAAUGGAUUCAAUAAUUCAUGCGCAAAUAAUGUUAAAUAUUCUGAUAGUAACGUUGAGACAGAAGACGACGUCAACACCUCGUUUGACAUGGAUACGAUCGAUCGAAUACCUCCGAAGAGGAGGAAUGCUCGAUCGCGUUCUAUUUUGAUUGGUAAAUACUCGGACUACUGCGCCACCGAUUCCGAAGAUUGUUAUGACGCGACGAGCGCAGUCUCCCUGCAGUCCAUCACUACUCAUGACUCCCAGAACAAUGCAGAUAGAGACAGUGGACAUUUUGAUUCGAUUGGAGAAGAUAACGUUGGCGAGUACGAUGCCGUAGACCCUACAGUAAAUGCUAAUGUAGAGGCUCAAUUACGACUUUCCUCUUCCAAAAAAUUUAGUCCCGAGCAGUCUUCAGUAUCUCCACCGGUGAGACCACCGAAAUUGAAAAAGAUGAAUACUGCUGUACCAGAUGAAAAACCUCCGUUGCCGCUGAAAGAGGCGAAGACUCCCGAGAGGGUGAAUCCUCCGUCUCUUCCUGCGAAGAGAAAUAAAGCCUCUAAGCCCCCCACAGAGAACGACAUCAUUCCUGAGUUAUCAGACGCAGCGGCUGCUUCUAUUCUUUUAGGAUUGCAAGCUCAUCCAGCAGUCUUGGGUCAAGUGUCUUUAAAAAACGAAAGAUGUGAUACAUCUCCACUUGAAAACACAGUGCCAGUUUUUCAGACUACAUUUAAUUCUAAGCUCGAGCUAAACACCGUAAAGAAUAAGAGUCCUUCUCAUUUGCCUAAAACUGCUAGUCAAGCGGGAUUUCACUUCAAUCGGCAUGAAAAGUUUUCCAAUUCUGAAGAACGUGUAAGUGGCCAAUUUAUAUUGGCUGCCGAAGGCAAAUCGCCAGCCAGUAAACGGAACAGCUGGUCGGGAAGCGGCCUCGGCUCAUCCUCUCGAUGUAGUUCGUCGGACACAGACAUUACCAGAAAAAAUGUGAAGCUUUGUCAAUGUGCCAAAACUGAACUGGAGAAACAUUUCAUCGAGAAAGGAAAAUCCGAUGCAGACACCAUCAAGAAAACUUGGAGACGCGUAAUUAAAAAAUCCGACGUGUCUCAGCCCAAAAUCACAACCUGGAAGACAAAACUCGCGAACAUAGAGGAAAAUAAGACACCUGAAAACCAAUGCUCUAAUUGUACGAAACAGAAACAAGACGACUCAGGUUACCAGAGCAGCGACUCCAGCGGAACUGCAAGCUCCAGCGCACCCAUCGAUGAUGAAAGCAGUUGCUCCCUGGAGUUAGAUUGCGCUGAGUCUAUUGACACCGCACUUACGAGCAUCAAACGCAAGUCGGGUUUUGGACCUCAAAUAUUCCCUAAAUCACAGUCACUUCAACAUCUCAGCGAUGUUCCAGUCCUUGAUGUUUACCAGAGCUUCGAAGGCUCACCCAACAGCAGCACCGGCCGCCGGUCCAUCUCGACAGACGUGUCUUGCGAAACCGGCGAUCCGGGAUGAAGUCCUUUUAUUUCUGCUUAUACAAUGUGUUCUUUAGAAUAUAGAUAUUUCAUUCAUAUUUAUGGGUGUAAUGCCUUUAUGUAGAGUGCAGAUAUAUUUAUUGUUAACCAUAAGAUUUUCUAACCCGUCUGUUGUUAUCUAUU